UCUUUGUGUAAGCUUUAUACUUUAUAUAUGAAUUUUCUUCCACUUAAAUUAACGACACUUAGUACCAUCGUUAGCUACUAAAAUGUAAUUGAUAGGUCUACUUCAUUUCUAAAUUAGACAACAUUUUUCUUGCUCUUUGAUGCCAUACUUCGUCAAACACUUUAAUUUAUUUUAGAAACCGUAGAAAUCACUUUACAAAGGUCAAAAGAUUUUUAUAGUGAAAAAUAUGUAACACAUGAGUGAAAGUCAUGUGCCAUCUAGAUUUAGAACUAAGUGAACAAGAUUUUCGAAGAAUUUUUGAUUUGCUUAGAAUGUAACUUGGUAAUGACUACUGAAUGUUUGAUUACAAGAACUUGCAAUCUCAUCUGCUAUGAAGCUAUUCAUUCAGAUGAGAUGAAGAGGGCCGCAAAAAAUAUAAAAAACCGUGGUCAUCAUCUAUUACAGAUCACAUGAAUUGAACAUAAGAUCAAAGUUGAUGUUACCUGACCAGUCUAGUUGUGGUUCGAUGCCAGGUUUAAUUCAUGUUUCAUACCAAAUAAAAAGGUUAAUUCAUGUCAAGUGGACUGCUGUUUCUAAUUGUUUGAAUACUAAAAAGAAAACCAUUGAAUCAGUUAUGAAAACAUCUAAAUUACGUAACGUACACUGUUUAUCAAUUAUAGGGUAUACAUUAUUGAUAUACUACAUGCACAGCUAUGCAUGAACUUUAAAACAAACAUACUUUCUCGAUCUUAUUAUUAUUUCUUACUUGCCCUUUCUGCGUUGUAUUUUAAUGAAAACGAUAUUUUAAGUGUGUGAAUGACAUAAAAUCAGAAUCUACUUAAAAUAACUUUCCGUAACUUUUACUGCUUUUGUGAGCUUCAAGCUUUCUCUACUUUAAAUGAAACGUCUCUGUGUUGUGUAUCAUCGAUCGGCCUUUCCUUUGUUUCCUUACUUCCUAAGUAUUUGACUCUCUUUUCGUUAGACAACUUGGUGUGCCAAAAAUAAAAUCAUACAAUAAUAAAAGGGGAAUACCCUGAGUAGUUAGAGUGUCCACGUCGACAGUAAUAAUCAACCAAUAGGAGAAGAGCUUUUCGCCAUGUCAGAUGCUCACUUAUGUCAUUUGGGCUUCGCGUUCACAGGCCCUAAAUCGUUCGGAGUAAACAGCCCGUGAAGCCCACCUCGCGUGAAGUUCUCUUUCCAUUUCCGCGAGGAACAAACCCUAAUUUUGCUUAAUCAAUCCUCGAUCCCCUUUCUCUUCCUCUUCUUCGUUUCGUCGAUCUCCUUUCUCUUCGUCUUAUUAGUUUCCUACGUUUCACGGAUCUUUCAUCGCAAACAAUCAAUUCUCUCCCCACUCCUCUAGACUUUUAAUCUCAUUAAUGGAUGAUUUAUCGCUUUCUUCCUCUGAGAUUCUAUAUACAUCUCUUAAUCGAUGUUUUAUUUGCAUCAAAAAAAUUUCUAGCCUUUCAACCGCUCAUUGCGAUGAAGUUAUCCGGUGUUUCCGACACAGUGAAAACGAACGGCGAAGCGGCGAUCCCCUCCAGUUCGGUCAACCCCGUCGCCCAACCCGGUGUAUCUUCCGGCGAUGUCAAUCCGAUCCCCUCCGGUCUGGUCAAACCCGUCGCUCAAACCGAUGUCUCUUCCGGCGAUGCCAUUCCGAUGAAGUCAAAAGACGUAACGGCGGAAGCGAAGAAUUCGAUCAAACCAAACGGCAAAACUGGUGCCUCCUCCGGUCUCAAACUCGGUGUUAGAGGCAGAGCCUCUGUCUCAUCCGUCGAUAAAGGCAAAGCUAUCGUCUCCGAGAACGUGGGAAAGGUUAUUACCUUCAAAGACAUCACUUUCGGGCCCCAUGAAGACGAGGUGCGGUUCCGGUUGAUCCACUUUUGGGAGGCUUGGAAUGUUCAGACGAAGGUGCUUAUCGGCAUCGAAAUGCUUCUCAUCGACGAAGAGGAGAGUGUUAUCCAGGGCUUCAUCCCCUAUGGAAGGAUUGACACAUAUUUGCGCCACAUGAAAACUGGUGCUACAUACCGACUCAACAAGUUUUUCGGAUCAAAGAGCAAGACUAUCUACCGGGUAGCUGAGUCGAGUGUCACUAUUUGCUUCUCAAGUAACUCUGUCCUCUCUGGACUCGAGGACAGUUCGAUCAGCUUUCCUGUAGAUCGGUUCCGGAUUCAUGGACACAAAGAAUUUGAAGCUGGCUCCGACUUGAGAGGUGAUCUUUAUGAUUAUAUUGGCCACAUCAAACUUGUGAAUGGGAAGGUCCCCGGUGACGGUCUUCUGCUUGAUGAGUCAGAGAUAGCAAAAUCUCGCCGAGUUGAGCUUCACGUUCAAACACAUGACGAUCCCGUGCUGAAGCUGUACCUCUGGGACAAGGUUGCGUUUGAGUUCUGUGAAAAGUUUAAAGUAUCUGGUGGCACUGCACGCGUUAUCUUGGUCACCACCUUAAACCCGAAAUGGUUUGGAGGCGUCCUAUCUAUAUCUUCUAUGGCGUCUUCACGGGUAUUUCUGGAUGGUGAUGUCCAAGAAACGCUGUUGUACCUCAGCUGGUUGGACUCGAACCUAGAUGUUGCCAGCAGAGUUAACGCAGAGGUGGUCACUAAGCCUGAGUUAGCGACACUGGGAGACCUCUUCUCUUAUAUGAAUCAGGCAUCCGCUAAGGUUGCUUGGUUUGAGUGCACAGCAACAAUUUAUGAUGUCGUGAACGGUUCUAUAUGGUAUUAUAUAGGCUGCGGUGUGUGCCAUACUAAGGCAACAAAAGGUCCUACAACGCUUAUGUGUAAGAAAUGUGGGAAGAGUGAGAUCGUCGGUGUGCCGCAGUAUCUAUCGAAGCUCUCUGUAUAUGACCAUAGCGAUCAAGCCGUUUUUGUUGUCCUUGGUGAUGCUGGUGAGGAAUUGACUGGAAAGAAAGCUGCUGAGUUGGUGGAGCGAUAUUACGAGGCCAAUGAUAGUGUGGGAGAGGAUCACAUAGUUCCAGUGCCUCAAGCCAUGAUUGAUACCAUCGGACAGACCCGGAAGUUCAUUGUGAAGGUAUCAACCCACAACCUGACUGCCAAGACCCAAACUUUAACUGUGACAAAAGUGCUCCCACUUGAAGCCCCAGAACCCGAAGGCAACGUAGGAGUGAACGUUGGUAAGGAAGGUGAUAGUGUGAGUGAGGAUCAUGCAGAUAAGUUGGUGAAAAGGGGUGCUGAUGGGAUUGAGUCGGAAGGUGUGAAGCGUGCCAAAUGUGGCUAAUGAAGUUGUCUUUACUGGAAUUGUUUUGUUUAAUGCUAAGCUUGGUUUUUUUUUUCUGGAUUUGUGUUUGCAGUUUUAACAAACUUUGCUAUGAUCUCUUUUGCUAAUAAUAUCUAUUAUUAAUCUCUU